AUGGCAUUUUUGAAGACAAAAGAACGAACAAAGGAAAGAUUUUCUCUUUUGUUAUUGGAUUUGGAAGAAUAUUAUUUUGAACAGCACACUGCAUACAAUGUGACAAGAAGCUCGGCCACGAAGAGAAAAAUCAGAGGCUCAUUCAAGGUCUGUUCCAGAUCGGUCAUUUUUGACCCUGAAGAUUUUACAGAACCAAUUUUAAAGAUUCCACUGCGUGACUGUAAGAAAAUUGAAUUUGCGGAGAAAGAGACCAACCCUUUCAAUGAACCCAAACCGUCCUCCAUUUCAAUUCUAUGUGAACAGGUUAUUUACAUCAAAGAAAACGGCAUCAUUUCACCUUACAGAAAUGAGAGAAGCAUGAAGACUGUGAAUUUUCAACUGGAAGUGUGGCGUAAAACGGAGGAUGUCAUUCAUACAUUACAUCAAUUACAUAGAGCAUCCUGUCUGGAAAAGCUUGGUGACCAGACUGCCAUGAUUACAGCCAAUCUUCAGUCCCGACUGGCAAGAACAUCCUUUGACAAGUUCUGCUUCCAGAAUGUUGCCGAGAAGCCUCAUAUGGAAUGUGCGGUGGAGAUGGUCCUGCCUCUGGUGUCCAACCCUGGCCACGUUUGCAUUACAAAUGAGAAUCUCUACUUUCAGCCGCUCAAUGGAUAUCCGGAGCUCGUCAUUCAGAUCAAACUCCAUAAAGUCAGGCGGAUCUACAAAAGAAGACAUGGCCUCCGACCCCUUGGGCUCGAAGUUUUCUGUUCUGAGAACGACUUCUGCUCAGACAUCUAUCUCAAGUUUUACAACACAGCGGACAGAGAUGAAAUUUAUUAUUUCAUUGCCACAUUCCUGGAGAACCACAUGACAGAGCACACGGCAGAGAGCUACAUGUUGCAGUGGCAGCGCGGCCAUCUGAGUAACUACCAGUAUCUCCUUCACCUCAACAACUUGGCUGACCGCAGCUGCAACGACCUCUCCCAGUACCCUGUCUUCCCAUGGGUCAUUUCCGACUACACAAGUACACAAUUGGAUCUGACAAAGGCAACCACAUUUAGGGACCUCAGCAAACCUGUCGGAGCGUUAAACAAAGAGCGGUUGGAUGGGCUACUGUGUCGCUUCAGAGGCAUGCCCGAGCCUCGAUUCUUGUACGGCAGCCACUACUCAUCUCCUGGUUACGUCCUUUUCUACUUGGUCAGAGUUGCUCCAGAACACAUGCUUUGUCUCCAGAAUGGUCGUUUUGACCAUCCAGACCGCAUGUUUAACAGCAUAGGUGAAACAUGGAAAAACUGCUUAGAGGGAGCAACAGAUUUUAAAGAGUUAAUUCCAGAGUUCUAUGGGGACGACUGCAGCUUCUUAGAAAACCACUUUCAUCUUGAUCUGGGCCGGCGGCAGAAUGGAAGCUUUGUCUGUGAUGUCCACCUACCACCUUGGGCCUCAGAUGCUAAGGAUUUCCUGCAGAAGCACAAGAUGGCACUUGAGAGUCAGUAUGUGUCCGAGCACCUGCACGAGUGGAUCGACUUAGUGUUUGGUUUCAAGCAGAGAGGAAGCGACGCAGUCGAGGCCAAUAAUGUCUUUCACCCAUUGACCUAUGAAGGUGGCAUUGACUGUGACAGUAUUGAGGAUCCUGACCAAAGGGUGGCCAUGCUGACACAGAUACUAGAGUUUGGUCAGACCCCCACGCAACUGUUCACCAUUCCUCAUCCUCAGAGGAUCACGCCAAGGUCGCAGAAUAUCACCAGAAGCCCCAGCCUCACCUCACCCGUUAGCGACCUUACUCCAGGCUCUCUGAAUGAGGACUCCUCUUUCGAAGACUUGACAGAGGAAAGCCGGAAGUUGGCAUGGUCAAACAUGGGCCGUCUGAGACCAGCCUCCAGACACAAAAUCCAUAAAGAGGCAGUGACGGCCAUCACUGUGACCCGAGAUGGAACUUCUGUUUUCAGCACAUCCCAAGACUCAACACUUAAGAUGUUCUCCAAAGAAUUAAAGGACUUCCAAAGGAGCAUGUCUUUUUCCAAUAUGGCCUUGUCAUCAUGUCUGAUGCUGGCAGAUGGUCAAAUUGUGGUGUGUUCCUCGUGGGACAAUAAUGUGUAUUUCUAUUCUAUCCCAUAUGGCAGGCGACAGGACACGCUCAUGGGUCAUGAUGACGCUGUCAGUAAAGUGCUUUGGGCCAACGAUAAGCUCUACACGGCAUCCUGGGAUUCUACUGUUAAGGUGUGGCAAUGUGAUCCUGAUACUUUGUGCAGUCAAAAGAGAUCGGGUUUCGAGCUGCUUGCUGAAUUGGAACAUGACGCUGGGGUGAACGCUAUCGGACUGAAUCAACUGGGGACUCUUCUGGUGUCCGGAUGCAAAGACGGGGCCGUCACCCUCUGGGACACGGACACCUACGGAACCCUGCAGCAAGUGGACUGCCAUGCUGACACUGUCCACGGUGUGUCCUUCAGUCCAGAUAGUCGACAUGUCCUCAGCAUUGGCGCCGACUGCUUCAUGAGGGUCAUCGACGUUCAGACGGGAAUGGUCAUCUCCUCUGUGAAAUCGGAGGAGGAGCUAAGGUGUUUCUGCUGGGACGGAAACUCGGUGCUGUGCGGGGGCCAAUCGGGUGACUUACUACUGUGGGACUUGAUGAGCAACGCGGUCAUCUCCAGGAUCUCGGCACAUUCAGGGCCAGUCACAGCCAUGUGGAUGAACGAGCUGAGUGCUACAGUGAUCACUGGCGGAGAGGACAAAGAGAUCAUCUACUGGAAGCUGCACAAUUAG